GCGUAGUUUCCAAGCGCGGUACCCGCCCCGCAGCCUUCUCCUGCCCGCUCCCUCCCAUCGCGGUUUGCAGCACCAGGCCCCGCCAUGGGAAACGUGCCAUCUGCGGUGAAGCACUGCCUCAGCUACCAGCAGCUUCUCCGGGAGCAUCUCUGGAUCGGAGACUCAGUGGCAGGGGCGCUUGACCCCGCGCAGGAAUCAUCCCACUUAUCUGGAUUUCCUGAUUAUGUUAAAAUAGUAGAAGUUGGACCUCGGGAUGGAUUGCAGAAUGAAAAGGCUAUAGUUCCUACAGAUAUAAAAAUUGAAUUUGUCAAUCGACUUUCCCAAACUGGCUUGUCUGUAAUAGAAGUGACCAGCUUUGUGUCCUCCAGAUGGGUACCACAGAUGGCUGAUCACACUGAGGUGAUGAAAGGCAUUCAUCAAUAUCCCGGAGUUCGAUAUCCUGUCCUUACUCCUAAUCUUCAGGGUUUUCACCGUGCUGUUGCUGCUGGAGCCACUGAAGUAUCAGUUUUUGGUGCCGCAUCUGAAUCUUUCAGCAAGAAGAAUAUUAAUUGUUCGAUUGAAGAAAGCAUGAAGAAGUUUGAGGAUGUCGUUAAGUCUGCCAGACACAUGAAUAUUCCAGUACGAGGGUACGUGUCUUGUGCCCUGGGCUGUCCAUAUGAAGGAAGCAUCACACCACAAAAAGUAACAGAAGUGUCUAAGAGAUUGUAUGGCAUGGGCUGUUACGAGAUUUCUCUGGGAGAUACAAUUGGAGUGGGAACUCCGGGAAGCGUGAAAAGAAUGUUGGAACAUGUCAUGAAAGAAAUCCCACCAGGGGCUCUUGCUGUUCACUGUCAUGACACAUAUGGACAAGCGUUAGCAAAUAUACUUACAGCCCUUCAGAUGGGGAUUAACGUGGUGGACUCUGCAGUAUCCGGAUUAGGUGGAUGUCCUUAUGCAAAAGGUGCUUCUGGGAAUGUAGCCACUGAGGAUUUGAUAUAUAUGCUUAAUGGUCUGGGGCUUAAUACAGGAGUGAAUCUUUACAAAGUGAUGGAAGCUGGUGACUUUAUUUGCAAAGCUGUGAAUAAAACCACAAACUCUAAAGUAGCACAAGCCUCCUUCAGUGCUUGACUUGAAUGAAUUUGUGACUUAAGGUUGAGAAGAUCCGUUUCUGCUACAUGUAUUCAUCUGAUAAUCAUUACUGUCAACUUGUUUGGAAAUGCGAAGUAAUAGACAAGAAUGGAAAAAAGAAAUACUUUUUAAAAAGAAUGUAGCUGGAUAGAUUAUGAAGUCAACGGAAAGCAGUACCAGUCAUCAGUUGAGAUGGUUCACAUUCUACCUAUUGAACUGGAAAGCAUUUCCAGAAAUAGAAAAAAUUGAAAUAUUAGAGAUUGAGAAGAGGAAAAAGAGGACAUGUCAACAAAAACAUUUCUGUAUCCUAUGCAAAUCAUGUGGGUCAGAAUUAGUACUUGUAGGUUUGAAAUGUCAGCUCUGUUAUUUAUGUAGACCCCCACGCACCCACCCACUAAUACUGGGUUAUCUUAUCUUUGAAUAAAUUUGGAUGCAACUUGGUAUGUAAAAGUGAG